AUGCCAAAUGAAAAAAAAUCACCCAACAUCGCAAUCUCUAGCCAAAAGAAAAAAUUAGUAAAACAGAAAUAUUGCUUCCAAAUAUCUAUUUCAGUCUGUUCAUUAUCUAUCUAUCUAUCUAUCUAUCUAUCUAUCUAUCUAUCUAUCUUAGUGUGUUUACACGCAUCUAUUCACAUAUCCUCUCAAUCAAUCAAUCUAUCUAUCUAUCUAUCUAUCUAUCUAUCUAUCUCUGAGAUCGGGAGAGCUAAUUUUUCAAAUUUUUCAUUAAAUCUAUCUAUCUAUCUAUCUAUCUAUCUAUCUAUCUAUCUAUCUAUCACAGUCUGUUUCCUAUCUAUCUAUCUAUGUGGUUACGCCUGCACAAACUAUUAUAUAAUAAAUUCUUUUCGCACUGAUCACAUUGGUACCUUUUCGUUUUCCCUUGUUUUAUUAACUAACUUAUCUAUCUAUCUAUCUAUCUAUCUAUCUAUCUAUCUAUCUAUCUAUCUAUAUAUAUAUGCAUAUAUCUAUCUAUCUAUCUAUCUAUCUAUCUAUCUAUCUAUCUAUCUAUAUAUAUAUAUGAAAUCGUCCAACAUUCGCUGCCGUAAAGUAUUUUUCUCAUUUUUUAUAUCUUACUCUCUCUUUCGCUGUUAG